GUGGAGGCGGCAGCCAGGGAGGAAGCGGAGGAGGCGGAGGCGACCGUGGCUUUCGCCCGCCUGCUAGUUCUCUCGGUUUCCCCGCCCCCGCCUGUCUCGCCGCCGCGGAAGGGAGCCGGGUGCGCGCUGUCGCAACCUGCCCUCAUCCUGGCUAACGACUGUUAAGACCGGACACUCAUCCAGAUCAACCUCCCUGUCACGGCGGCUGCGGCGCGGGCUCUGUGGGGCGCAGGCGGGCGGCCUGGGCGCCUGAAGGUUACCGGGUGCAUGAGCGCCUAGCCUCCCGCGCUGCCCCGCCCGCCGGCCCGCCGGCCCGCCCGCCGGCUCGCCCGCCAGCCCCUCGGCGCCCGGCGGCGGCGGCGGCGGCGGCGACGGCCGCAGGAGGCGCCGUCUUCCUCCCAGGUGCGCGCUUUGCUCCCGGAGCCUCGGAACUCGACUGCCGCCAUGGCGUCCAACAUGGACCGGGAGAUGAUCCUGGCGGAUUUUCAGGCAUGUACUGGCAUUGAAAACAUUGAUGAAGCUAUUACAUUGCUUGAACAAAAUAAUUGGGACUUAGUGGCCAACAAUGGUCAUGGUCUUAUGAAAUUCUGGUUGAAUAUAACACCUGGAGAUACAGUAAUUGAUAAAUAUGAAAUAAGACUCAAGACUGCAGCUAUCAAUGGUGUAAUACCCCAGGAAAAUGGCAUUCUACAAAGUGACUAUGGAGGUGAGACUCUACCAGGACCUGCAUUUGAUCCUGCAAGUCACCCAGCUCCAGCUCCUGCUCCCUCUUCCUCUUCAGCAUUUCGACCCAUAAUGCCAUCCAGGCAAAUUGUAGAAAGGCAACCUCGGAUGCUGGAUUUCAGGGUUGAGUACAGAGACAGAAAUGUUGAUGUGGUACUUGAAGACAGCUGUACCAUUGGAGAGAUUAAACAGAUUCUAGAAAAUGAACUUCAGAUACCUGUGUCUAAAAUGCUGUUGAAAGGCUGGAAGACUGGAGAUGUGGAAGACAGUACUGUCUUAAAAUCUCUACACUUGCCAAAAAACAACAGUCUUUAUGUCCUUACACCAGACUUGCCACCACCUUCAUCAUCUAGUCAUGCUGGUGCCCUGCAGGAGUCAUUAAAUCAAAACUUCAUGCUGAUCAUCACCCACCGAGAAGUCCAGCGGGAGUACAACCUGAACUUCUCAGGAAGCAGUACCAUUCAAGAGGUAAAGAGAAAUGUGUAUGACCUUACAAGCAUCCCUGUUCGCCAUCAGCUAUGGGAGGGCUGGCCAAUUUCUGCCACAGAUGACUCAAUGUGUCUUGCUGAGUCAGGGCUCUCUUAUCCUUGCCACCGACUUACAGUGGGAAGAAGAUCUUCACCUGCACAAACCCGGGAGCAGUCUGAAGAGCAAAGCACCGAUGUUCAUAUGGUUAGUGAUAGUGAUGGAGAUGACUUUGAAGAUGCUUCCGAAUUUGGAGUGGAUGAUGGAGAAGUAUUCGGCAUGGCAUCAUCUGCUCUGAGAAAAUCUCCCAUGAUGCCAGAAAACGCAGAAAAUGAAGGAGAUGCCUUAUUACAAUUUACAGCAGAGUUUUCUUCAAGAUAUGGUGACUGCCAUCCUGUAUUUUUUAUUGGCUCAUUAGAAGCUGCUUUUCAAGAGGCCUUCUAUGUGAAAGCCCGAGAUAGAAAGCUUCUUGCUAUCUACCUCCACCAUGAUGAAAGUGUAUUAACCAACGUGUUUUGCUCACAAAUGCUGUGUGCUGAGUCUAUUGUCUCUUACCUGAGUCAAAAUUUUAUAACCUGGGCUUGGGAUCUGACAAAGGACGCCAAUAGAGCAAGAUUUCUGACAAUGUGCAAUAGACACUUUGGCAGUGUUGUUGCACAAACCAUUCGGACUCAAAAAACAGAUCAGUUUCCACUUUUUCUGAUUAUUAUGGGAAAGCGAUCAUCUAAUGAAGUAUUAAAUGUGAUACAAGGUAACACAACAGUGGAUGAGUUAAUGAUGAGACUUAUGGCUGCAAUGGAGAUCUUCACAGCCCAACAACAGGAAGAUAUAAAGGACGAGGAUGAACGUGAAGCCAGAGAAAAUGUGAAGAGAGAGCAGGAUGAGGCCUAUCGCCUUUCACUGGAGGCUGACAGAGCGAAGAGGGAAGCUCAUGAGAGAGAGAUGGCAGAACAGUUUCGUUUGGAGCAGAUUCGCAAAGAGCAAGAAGAAGAACGUGAGGCCAUCCGGCUCUCCUUGGAGCAGGCCCUGCCUCCAGAGCCAAAGGAAGAAAAUGCUGAACCUGUGAGCAAACUGCGGAUCCGGACCCCCAGUGGCGAAUUCCUCGAGCGGCGUUUCCUGGCCAGCAAUAAGCUCCAGAUUGUCUUUGAUUUUGUAGCUUCCAAAGGAUUUCCAUGGGACGAGUUCAAGUUACUGAGUACCUUUCCCAGGAGAGACGUAACCCAGCUGGACCCAAAUAAAUCAUUAUUGGAGGUAAAGUUGUUCCCUCAAGAAACCCUGUUCCUUGAAGCAAAAGAGUAAACAGCCCAGCAGUGGAACUAGCUGUUCCUUGACAAACCAGAGGCCUGCAUCAAGAAGGGCUUCUCGCCAUCCCACCUACACACUCGUCUCACUCAAUUCAGUGUCACUUCUGCCUCUUGCAAGAUUGCUGGAAAAAAAAAUAAUAAACGUAACUACUUAAAAUUUCC